GCUCGGCUUGUCAGUCACACUUUGAACGGCGCUGUGGCGCUCAUCAGCAUCACUAGAACCACCAGCACAAGCGGCUCGCCCUCCUCCGACUGACCGCUGAAUGAGCCACACGGAGCGAUUCAAUUUUAGGAUGAACGCUUGCUGAGGAGCAGCCACAAAGCCGAGGGCGACACAAACACUCGCCGGUGGGGGCGAAGAGGAGAGCGAGGAGACGAGCCCUUUCGCCGUUCGAGAGCUCGCAUCAAGUGGAGGAGGUGGGAAGACUUUGCCAUGGUCCGAUUCGGGGACAUCGUGGUAGUCCUGCUUCUUGUGGACUGUGCGGAUGGAGGCUGUAGGGAGAAGAAAAGCUAUGCAUAAGGAUGACGGAAGACGUGGGAGGUUACAGUACUAACCUAUGAAAUGAAGACAUCAACAAACAGGAUUUGAAGCUCAAUGCAGCAGGGGGUCAUCAAGGGAGCCAUUUUGAAGAUGUGGACGACAUCAAGGUGGCCGUGACACUGGAGCUGCGCGGGAUCCUGAAGGAAUCCUGUCAGGAGUGCAUUAAGUGUCGCUGGACGUGCAGAUCACACCCAGUCAUGGUGAAAUCAGUCUUGGGGAGUCCAAAUUCUUCAUGUGUGAAGUUAUUGGAGGGGCAAAGCACAUAGACUGGUUUGGGCCAAACGGUGAAAGGAUAGAACCAACCAGACCGAACAUCAUGGUGACCCGAAACGACGUGACGUCAUCCAUCCUGACGCUGUACCGAGCUGUGACGGAGAACGCCGGCACGUACAAGUGCGUCGCCACCAAUGGAGAUCAACAGGGAGAGUCAACGGUUAACAUCAAAAUUUUCCAGAGAAUCACCUUCACGAAUGCGCCGUCGCCACAAGAGUUUACGGAAGGAGACACCGCAGUCAUCGUAUGUGAUGUCAUCAGUUCCCCUCCACCCACCAUCCUCUGGAAAUACAAAGGAGCUAGAAUUCAGAUGGAAAAAGACGUUCGCUUUAAGGUGCUGAGCAACAACCACCUUCAAAUCCGCGGCAUAAAGAAGACGGACGAGGGCUCGUACACAUGUGAGGGACGCCUGAUGGCCCGCGGCGAGAUUGAUUUACGGGUUAUCACGGUCGUCGUAAAUGUCCUCCCGACCAUCAGGGUAUGGCAGUCAGAGGUGAACGCCACAGCAGAUGUGGGCCAAUCUGCCAUGUUGACCUGUGCAGUCGAUGGUUAUCCUGAACCCAUGGUGACCUGGACAAGGAACCAAAUGGCUCUGGAGGCUGGAGAGAAGUACGCCUUCAACGAGGAUGGCUCGGAGAUGUCCAUCAUGGACGUGAGCAAGCUCGACGAGGGCGAGUACACUUGCAUCGCCAAAAACAAGGCUGGGGAAACAGAGCAGGAGCUUAGUCUGAGAGUAUUUGUCAAACCCAAGAUCACCUACAUUGUAAACCAAAGCACAUCCGAGAUGGAGGAGCAGGUCAUGCUAACUUGUGAGGCCUCGGGGGAUCCAACGCCCACCAUCACCUGGAGCUACGGCAACCGUGUCUUCACCGACGGCGAGCAAGCACACCUAAACAGGAUCUAUCAGGCAUCAUGGACUCGUCCCGAGCAGCACAAGAGUGAGGAUGGGAAUGUAGUGGUGCGGAGCGACGCUCGCGUGUCCUCCCUCACGCUAAAGUACGUCAAGUACACCGACGCCGGCCAGUACCUAUGUUCGGCGCGCAGUGCCAUCGGUGAAGAUGACAAGGGGGCAUAUCUGGAAGUCCGCUAUACCCCUAAAAUCCACGGCGAAGUGGCGGUGUACACCUGGGAGGGAAACGCUGUCAACAUCAGCUGUGAGGUGCAGGCUCACCCCAGCCAAGUUACUAUAGUGUGGCUGCGAGACGGACUGACACUGCCUAAUGCCAAUACGAGCAACAUUAAGAUCUUCAGGUCGCCCUUGGCCAGCUACCUCCAGGUGACGCCGGCGUCAGAGAAUGACUUUGGGAGUUAUAACUGCACUGCUUCCAAUGAGGUGGGCACAGAGGCCAAAGAGUUUGUCCUCAUUCAAGCCGAGGUGCCAUCAUCUCCAUUCAUCAAUGAGGUGUCACCAUUCUCCACCACUGCGCUGGUUCAGUUUGAGGAGCCGGAGUCCACCGGAGGUGUCCCCGUGCUCAUGUACAAAGCGGCAUGGAGGACGCAAGGCAGGGGCAGCUGGUCUCAGAGAAUCUACGAGCUCAAAGAUGGUUCCGUAGGCGAGUUGACCAUCACAGACCUGAGGCCAGAGACCACCUACGAAGUCAUGAUUUCUGCCAUCAACGGGAAGGGGGAAGGCGAAAGCUGCCCUGUGGAGCUCUUCAAAACGGAGCCAGUCCGAAAACCAAGUGCUCCCAAACUGGAAGGGGUGCUUCAGCCAAUAGGCAACUCCCUGAAAGUCAGCUGGAUCAAGCAAGAUGACGGCGGAUUGCCCAUCCUCCAUUACCUCGUCCGCUUCAAACCAAGUCAGUCGCCGCAGUGGAAACCCGAAAUCCGCAUGCCCACUGACAGCGACUACGUGAUCCUGAGUGGCCUGGAGUGGGACACGGAGUACGCCGUCUCCGUGGUGGCCGAGAACCAGAAGGGCAAAUCGCAGCGGGCGAGCAUGUCCAUCAGGACGUCUGUGCAGCCGGCCGUCACGCCAGACUUGGACGAGGACACGGGGUUCCCCAUGGGCAUUAUGCUAUGGGCGGGUAUCCUGGUGGUGGCGUUCAUACUGCUGCUCUUGGCUGUGGACGUCACGUGCUACUUUGUUAACAAGUGCGGCCUCAUCAUGUGCUUGUGCGGCAAGUCGGCCUCCGGCACCAAAGGCAAAGACUUGGAGGAGGGCAAGGCCGCAUUCAUUAAAGACGAGUCCAAAGAGCCCAUCGUGGAAGUCCGAACGGAGGAUGAGUGCACAGCCAAUCACAAUGCAGCAGGUCCAACGGAACCCAACGAAACCACGCCCCUCACAGAGCCAGAGCUGGCGUCUUUCACUGCUACCCUGGCACUGGACACGCUCUCCUCUGACACGGCCACAGCCACCAUUGACCCUGCAACGGACAGCCCCUCUAGCGAGACCACCAUGCUCACGUGUAGCCUGUCCACCCCGGCCAACGACCCCUCGCCCACACCCAUCCUGGCGCCCGCACCCAGCCCAGAGACAAAUGCAGCCCCCCCGACUCCCCCAGUUUGCGGGGCAGCUGUCGAGGCCAAGAUUGCGCCGUUAGUUGAGCAGAGGGGAGGCCAGUGGGUGGCGGACGAAGAGGAGAAGGAGAGCGACGUUCAUCCAGGCACCCCUGAACUGACUCAAAAAUCCGGGACGCCCAUUCCACCCAAGCGCAGACACUCUCCUAAACUUGCUGCCCUGAAGGCUAAAGCUAGCCCACCUGUAUCUCCGUUGGCCACAGACCCUCCUCUUACUCCAGACACCAAGAAACCAGCUCCCAGCCCGCCACUCAUUCCCAAAGACCCCGAUUCAAACAGCGCCUCUGACAAGCCCGCCCAGCCGUCCUCCCCUCAUGACCCCUGCCCUAACCCCCCGGCUUCAGCCAUCCACAGUGCUCCAAAAAUGCCGGAUGCUGAAGAAUCAUCCCCUCUAGUCCAAGACAUCCCCACCCCCAUGUCUCCCCCACCUGCUAGUGACGUCCUAGCAUCACCACCGCACAUGUACGACUUACUCGCCCACGACAUGGGCCUCAAUAACGCCACGUUUGACUUAGAGCUGAGUAAUGGCACGGAGAGAACCUCAGCCAUCCCCGACGAUCUCAUUAGCUUAGAGAGCCCACCCUCUGCCCCAACUCUGCCCAAUGGAGACGGAGCAGACCUCCCCCCCUCAGUGGACGCAUCAGAGACUCUGGCCAAGAUCGCUCUUCCCGUCAACGAUGAGAAGAUUUUUUCAGAUGGGAAGGGCAAAUUGGAGGAGGAGCUGUCCAACGCCCUGACGGAGACGCCCGCCGAGCACAACAGUGUCAUACAGACAAAAGCGACGAAAAGCAAAGCAUGAAAAAACAAACAAAAAAACAAUCUUACACAUUGUGCAGCUGCGGGAAUUUUCAUUUCCAGUGCCCUUAAGUACACACAUUCAAACACACACAAAAAACACACAUUUAUCUAGCACACAUUUUCACCCCGAGGAGUUUAUCUUGCAGUCACCAGAUUUUUAUUUUUUAAUUUGUAUUUAACAGAACUAUAUCAAGACUCCCCCAAGCAUUUGAUUAUCAUGAGAACAAAAACACAUUCUUCGCAGUCUACGUUUCGUCUUCUCUGUGUGUGAGAUGUCCUUUUGUUUUCUCUGAGCUUUUCAUUCGUGUGCCGGUCUUGUUAGCUUGUUCGUGCAUGUUUGGCCUGCAGAUGGUUGCUAAAAGCUUUAUGGUUUCGCCUCACGAAUUAGACUCCCCAGUCCUCCCCCUACAAACCCACGGAUCUCACACUGGAUCAGCCCCGUUUAAGCGAUCCCACGUACCAUCAUUGCCUCACCAGCGUACGUUAAGCCAACACACACGAAAAAGAGAGAAAAAAUGCCAUCAGGAACGCUGAUCUUGUGCUCUACAAUAAAUAUUUUUUAUUUGGCUUGUCUCUUCCUCGCAAAAGCAAAGAAAACAAAAUCUUGUUUUGUACUAUUUAAGAGUUACAAAGACCUCCAUCCCUGCCUGCAAGCUUAUGCACUGUGCCUGUGUGCGUGUCGGUAGAACGUCCUGUUAUCAGUUUCUAUGAUAAUCUGCUUUGUUGUGCGAGAUCUAGCGUCUUGUUUUUAUAUAUAUGUAUAGAUAUUAUACUGUAUAUAUUAAAAUGUACUAUUAUUGUCAGAAGAAGGUGGACUAAAUGGACUAACAUGGUCAUGAUAAUAAUAACAGGUGUAGUAUUAUUAAAGCACAGCGCCAUGUAUACAGUAUAAAGUCUUAUCAGUGGUUUUCGUGAAGGAAGGCAUGAAUUCAUAACUACUAACGAUCAGGCAAGUUGUUUGGGCCGUAAAUCGCUCAUUUUCAGUUAAUGUGUUGUUAUUGCUGGUUUUGUUAAUUUUCCUCCUUCAAGUGUUCUGUAAUGUGCUUACCCCCCCCCCCCCCCCCCCCCACCCUCUUCCUCUCAGUUCUUGUCUUUUGUACAAACUGCUUGUCUGGAAGCAGGGUGGGCACUCGCUCUUCUCUAAGACAACAUACAGAACUUUAAUGCCAACUGGAAGACCGUGUUUCCUAAAAAAUAAUGGCCAAUUAACGCCUCCCUCAAAUUAAAGCCUCUCUUUUCCCAUUAUGAAAAAGCAAGAAAAAAUGUCAUUAGCUUGGUUCACAGACGCUAUUGUUCACAUGAAAGAUUUAAGCCCGUUUGAACUAGCUAACCAAAACAGCAGCACCUACCGAGGCACAAAACGGCCUCAGAUUCAUUAAAGUGUGUAGAUAUACUGAGUUCUCUGUGGGGAGAAGGAAUCUUUCACUUAUUCAUUUGACAAAAAUGAACGUCUCCCAAAACCCCUCUUUUUACAAGGAAAAAAGGUAAUAAGAUGUUCCUAGACGCCAUUGUUCACACAGACUGUGAAGCCCAUUUUAACUUUAUGCUAAGCAAAACAAGGAGUGCCUCCCAAGGUGCCGCCCCACCGACUAUUAAGAAAAUUAAACACCUCCCUCAAAUAAACACACUUACUUUUCCCAUUUAAAUUAAGUAGUCCUUUAUAUAUUGAGAUAAAUUUCAGUUUCACUUGACAUGAAUUGCUAAAGUCUUUUUCAUACACUUUCAGAAAUUAAGACAAAUAAAGGCCUCCCCCCCUAAUAAAGCUCCCGGUCAAUUAUUUAUAGAAAUACGGUCCAUUCGAUGAAAAAUGCUCGGCGAUCCUCCUAUUCUUUACAGACCACCUUGCCCCCUCAUUCCGAUCUUAUGGGGUGGAAAAACUGGGUAAAUAUCUGCUGUGUACAGUCUUGAGUGCUAACCCAUUUUCAAAAUAAACACAUUGUUUCUCAAUCACA